AACUUUGGGAGAGAGACUCGCGCUGUUGGUCGUCCAUGCGGAAGUCGGGGUUGGUUAGAGUUUAGAUCGCCAAGGGGCGCGAUUGGAACAAAAUGCUGGUUGGUUCGGGUCGUAUUUUUUCCUGCUCUUGUUCUCGCUUUCAUUUACUUCUGUUUGCUGUGUGUAUCUGCUAUCUUUGUAGUUUAUUUGGGGGACCCUGGGUCACGCGCAGUUAUCCUUUGCGCGGUCGCCACCGUUCGUUAAGCGGGAUCAUCAUAUUCAUAGAAAUAAUGGCUCGUAUCAGAAUAUUUAGUAAAAUGUUCACCACAUCCUGCGAUAGCUGUUAAACUUGAUCCCGAUAUAUGCUUCAACGCUUCAAGGAGAAAGAAGAGUUCCCCAGUGUGAACACGGCACAAAGAAGCGCUUGAGUUCCUCCACUGACGAUAGGGAAUUAUAGUUCGGG